GCAGCCCGGGCCCCGCCCCGGGCCCCGCCCCCACCCGACGGAAGUCGUGGCCCUUCUCCCGACCUCCUUCCGGUUCGCUGCCCGCCAGCAUCCGGAGGGUGGGUGGGCGCGCGCGCCCCCUAACGACCUUCUGCGUCGACGGUCGGCAGGCGGCGGCGGCGGCGUGUGGAUGGAGGCCUCGGCCCCCGACCGGGCGCGGCGGGGCUGGCGGCGGGCCCGGGCCGCAGGCUCCCCCCUCUCCCGGGCCGCGGUGGUCCUCCUGCUCUCCGCGCUGGUGCUGCGGGCGCCCCCGUCAGUUGGACAUUUGGAUCGAUUACCAAGAAGUUUUCACUUGACCCAAGAAUCAGCGAAAAUAGUGGGAUCACCAAAUUUUCCAGUGAAAGUAUAUGUUAUGCUCCAUCAAAAGAGUCCACAUGUGUUAUGUGUAACCCAACGGCUGCGGAAUUUUGAACUGGUAGACCCAUCAUUCCAAUGGCAUGGGCCAAAAGGAAAAAUCGUUUCAGAAAACAGCACUGCGCAGGUAACCUCCACAGGAAGCCUUGUGUUCCAGAACUUCGAGGAGAGCAUGAGUGGCGUUUACACGUGCUUCCUGGAAUAUAAACCUACUGUGGAAGAAAUCGUUAAAAACCUUCAACUGAAAUAUAUUAUAUAUGCUUAUCGUGAGCCCCGUUAUUAUUACCAGUUCACCGCUCGAUACCACGCGGCUCCCUGCAAUAGUAUCUACAAUAUUUCUUUUGAGAAGAAACUUCUUCAGAUUUUAAGCAAAUUAGUUCUUGACCUUUCGUGUGAAGUUUCCCUGCUCAAGUCCGAAUGCCAUCGUGUUAAAAUGCAAAGAGCUGGUUUGCAAAAUGAAUUGUUCUUUACAUUUUCAGUUUCAUCUCUAGACACUGAAAAAGGACCCAAGCCAUGUGCAGGCCAUAGUUGCGAAUCUUCCAAAAGGCUGUCGAAGGCUAAAAACCUCAUAGAAAGAUUUUUUAAUCAACAAGUAGAAGUUCUGGGCAGACGUGCAGAGCCAUUGCCAGAAAUAUACUAUAUCGAAGGUACUCUCCAGAUGGUCUGGAUUAACCGCUGCUUUCCAGGGUAUGGAAUGAACAUCCUGAAACAUCCGAAGUGUCCUGAGUGCUGUGGUAUGUAGGGAACUGUGAUUUUUUGGUUUAUAGUUAUGAAAACUCACUCACUCUCACUAGGACUAAGUGCAUGUCUGUCACUUCUUUUAUAGCAUUUAGAUUUGAAGUAGUGUGUUUGGAAAGACGUGUCAAUCGGAAGGUAUAAAAGAAAAAAGCUCUCUUGAUUUUGGCCUUGUUUUAACAUCAUAAUGAGGGGGGCAUGGGGACAUUAGGCAGUUGUCUGGGAGGAAAAGCAAAUACUAGUUGCCAGAGACUUAGAAUUACUUAAGAGCCCAAAUAUAUUUCUUUUAGAAGCAAUUUUUUGAUGAGUACACAUUUGUCUAUAAUCUAUUAGGUAUCUUUUUACUUAAAAAAAUAAGUGUGUGGAUUGCUUUAUUACCAGUGGUUCCCUUUGAUCUUUGCUCCUCUCUGUAAAGGAUCUGAGCUUCCACCUGGCUCUCCUCCAUCUCCCUGCUUAUUAUAGAGGAGUCUGCAGAGGCUGUUUAGGAUAAGGGCCUGGAUUCAAACAAAGUCUUUGAAUUUGUUUUUCACUUGUUGAGUGCAUCAGUUAAUCUUCAGUCUCCAAAGACUUUCUAGUAUAAAUAUCAUUAAAUUGGUACCAUUUUUGUUGAGUCGUCUCUGUUCUUUCCUGCUCUUUUACUAUCUUAUGUUAGAUUAAGAACGUUUUUGUACGA